GGGUUUAUCACAGAACAGAGUAUAGAGCGAGCGCCUCACACCAGUCAUUGCUUUGCUAUAUAUACUCUCAUUUUAGCCGCCACAAACCCUAGCUAGGGUUCCCUUCUCUUUCUUCUGGUACAAAAUCUGCUAGUGGGUGUUUGGAAACAAGAGUUUCAAAGAUGAGUAAGCUUCAGAGUGACACUCUAAGAGAGGCUAUCUCCACUCUUUUUGCUGGAUCCAGAGAUAAGAAGAGAAAUUUCACUGAGACCAUUGAACUACAGAUUGGAUUGAAAAAUUAUGAUCCCCAGAAAGAUAAGCGUUUCAGUGGUUCUGUUAAAUUGCCACACAUCCCUCGCCCAAAGAUGAAGGUUUGCAUGCUUGGUGAUGCUCAGCAUGUUGAAGAGGCUGAGAAGAUGGGUUUAGAUUAUAUGGAUGUUGAAGCAUUGAAGAAGCUUAACAAAAACAAGAAAUUGGUCAAGAAACUUGCCAAAAAAUACCAUGCGUUUUUGGCAUCAGAAUCUGUCAUUAAGCUGAUCCCCCGUCUUUUGGGCCCUGGUCUCAACAAGGCAGGAAAGUUUCCAACUCUUGUCACACAUCAAGAAUCCAUUGAUUCUAAAGUUAAUGAGACAAAGGCUAUGGUUAAGUUCCAACUGAAAAAGGUGCUUUGCAUGGGAGUUGCAGUGGGCAACGUUGCUAUGGAAGAGAAGCAGGUCUUCCAAAAUGUUCAAAUGAGUGUUAAUUUCCUUGUUUCACUGUUGAAGAAGAACUGGCAAAAUGUGAGGAGCUUGUCGCUGAAGACUACCAUGGGGAGGCCAGUGCGCGUAUACUAAAAUCUUUUGGCAAGGGAAUUUUGUAGGCGAGCUGUAAUUCUUAUAAGGGUGCUUUGAAUGGUCAAGUUUUCUUGUUGGUUGGCUAUUUUACCUUUUAACUGUUCUCUGAAUUCUUAGAUGUCAUGGCCCUAGAAUUGUUUUGGAAUGUUUGUUCGAGGGUUGAACCAAGUUUUCAUUUUCACUUGCCCUAUAAUACAUUGAUGAAUAUUAGGUCUUA